CCCACAGCUCUUCACUACGAUGAAAACAAAAAUACAAGCAGAAGUUGUCAAAACUACUUGGGCAAUCAAGUCGAGCGCGGUACGUGUGACCGACAGACGUCUCACGACUCUUUUCCGGAGUCGAUGGAAAUAGUGUUUCAACUUUCAAGACUAGGAGGUGAUAUGAGUUAUUUGGGUGACCGUGCAAUUUUGGCACCGACACUGCCUGUGGUUGAAGCUGUUAAUGGCUAUAUGACGGCUCUUAAUGUUGGUGAAGUUUCAAGAAUAUAUCUUAGUUCUAACAAUGUUUCUAAGGUAGAUUCUACGACCGAUCUAAUGGCAGAAAUGCACACACCUGAGUUCUUGAAUAGUAUUCAGAGAAAUGUUCAACAAUGUUUAAGUUUACAUUAAAUACAUAUUUACAAUGUUGUGGUUUCAACGUAUUAGUUGGAUGUUUUUUAUCUUUUAAGUACGGAGUAAUGCUUAGUACUCUCAUUUUGACCAUAA